UUUAAGCUUUGGCAUUUAGCUUCAGCUUCGUUCAGCCUCCGUCUCCUCUUUCUUCAUUCCUCUUCUCAUGGCUGCCAGUUUUUGCUGCCCAUUCAGCAAACAAUUGGUCCAACUCCUCCUCCUGUAAUUUACUCCCUUUCUCUCUCAUCCUGUUCAUACUUGCAACUGUUCAUACACAAGCAUUUCUGUAUAUAUUAUAUAUAUAUAUAUAUAUAUAUAUAAAACAUAACGCCGUUGGAAUCGGUCCAUCCAUUCGAUUCCCCCCAUACAUACUUGAGCUGUCUUUUGUUCUCUCUCCUUCUCUUUAUUACUCUUCCUUUUCCCCUUUUCUCUCUCUCUCUCUCUCUCUUGCUUUCUCACGUAAUUUCUCUAUCUAGGGUUGUGAAUCCCUUUUUUUUUUUUUUGAUAAUAAUAAUCAUCAUCAUCAUCAGAAUUCCCUCCCCGAAUAGCCCUUUUCGUUCCAGAAAUGACGACGACGUCGUCCGCGGUGAAGAACAGCAGCAACAACUUUUUGCCACCUGGGCUGGUGUCCAAUUUGCAGGAGGUGCUCCUUAAGAGAAAGGGUGCGGAUGACCCGGACCCACAAUCACAGUCCUCCUCUGCCGCCAAACCACCCACUGUCAACGAUGAAUCGGCGGAACCUUCUUCGUCGUCUGCUUCCAAUUCCGGCCGGGUUGAUGACCAGCCUGAUUCAGAUACCUCUAAACCGGUCAUUUUGGUCACCAAUGGUGAUGGGAUUGAAUCCCCUGGCCUUACCCAUUUGGUUCAAGCUCUUGUUUGUCUAGGCCGUUACAAUGUCCACGUUUGUGCCCCUCAAUCGGAUAAAUCUGCCUCCGGUCAUUCGUUGACUAUGAGAGAGACUAUUUCUGUUAGUUUAGCUGAAAUUGAUGGUGCCACCGCAUACGAAGUUUCUGGGACUCCUGCCGAUUGUGUUUCUUUGGCUUUAUCUGGGGCUUUAUUUUCUUGGACAAAGCCUUUGCUGGUAAUUAGCGGAAUCAACAGGGGUUCAAGUUGUGGCCACCACAUGCUUUACUCAGGUGUUGUUGCUGGAGCUCGAGAAGCACUGAUUAGUGGUGUGCCAUCUUUAUCGAUAUCAUUGAAUUGGAAGAAGGAUCAAAGUCAGGACAAUGAUUUCAAGGAUGCUGUUACUGCCUGUAUGCCAGUACUAGAAGCAGCUCUUGGAGACAUAGAGAAGGGAGUUUUUCCAAGGGACUGCUCUUUCCACAUAGAAGUUCCGACAUCUCCUUUGGCAAACAAGGGGUUCAAAUUGGCAAAACAAAGUCGCUGGAGGUCUACACUUAAUUGGCAAGCAGUUUCAUCAAAUAGGCAUCCAUCUUCUGGACGUUUCAUGUCCAAUCAACAGAUCUUGGGUAUGCAGCUUGCUCAACUCAGCCGGGAUGCUUCUGCUGCUGGUGCUGCUCGCCGUUUGGGCACACAGAAGAAGAACGUUGAGGUGGUUGAAUCAGUUGGUGUUGCCGGGAAAUCUGAUUCGAAUCGGACUAUGAGAUAUUUCAGGCUGGAGUUCCUCGAUAAAGAUCAGGGAGGAGAAGAUGAGGAUCUGGACUUCAGAGCGCUUGAAAAUGGCUUCAUAGCCAUCACUCCUGUAUUUCCUCAAUCGCAAGUAGAGUCGGAAACUCAAGUAGCUGCUUCUGAUUGGGUUUCCAGAGCACUGAAAGUUGGCCAGUGAAGUUUACUUAAAGUCGACAGCAUUAGUGGGAUUUUGUAUAUCGGAAGACGAUGCCGCUUUAGUCGUCAUGCAACUUGCUCUGUGGUUUCGACCUGAAUUUUGUUCUAAAUUUUUAUUUUGUCUCAUAUUUUUGAUAGGUUCUUCUGGAACCAAGUUUCUUAGUCCAUUUGUUUGUCUUGUGGAGCGGAUGGCUUCCUGUGUUGAUUGAUACAGCUGGCACAGCUGAAGUGCCUGUUGUCAGCUUGUAUCUUUAUCACACUACUGUAAAAGUCGCAUUGUAGGUUUUCUUUCUUUCUCUCUCAAUUUCUUCUUUUCCCCUCUAAAAUUUUAAGGUGAGGAAGGAGAGUUGGUUUAUUGUAUUGUAAUUGUGGUAGCACAAUGUAACUGCAAACAGUCAGGUUCGAAUGAUCGUACCCUUAAUUUAUUUGGUUUAGUGUUGUUUACUUGGAU